AUGGAUCGUGGAAUUUCUGGGACCCACGUUUACGGACGGUCUAAACUUUCUACCCUCUUCGUGCUACCCGGGGCGAUGCGAGUUUGACCCCGGACUAGCACCAAGUGGCUAUGAUCGAGAUAUGGCGGCGCGCCGCUUGUUCUUCGCCGGUCUCAGACGCUACAACUUUCUAUCCGGCCAACAAAGUCUAUGGAGGCCCCUAGCUUCCCGCAGUUGUGGGUUCGAUGUGAAAAUAACGCAGAAAAACAACCUGAAGGAAUGGAUCUUGGAACGCAAGUCUUCUGAUCGGAAUGCAAUGUCCACGCUUCGAAAAUGGGUUGACCAAGGCAAUAAUUUGUCAGCUUCCGAGCUCAGACACAUCUCCAAAACACUUUUCUCAUCAAAAUGCUACCAACACGCACUUGAGAUAAUGACAUGGAUGGAAAACCAGAAGAAUUUUCGGAUGUCACCAGCGGAUUAUGGUGCCAAAUUGGAAUUAAUUAUAAAAAUUCAUGGUCUGACGGAGGCUGAAAAAUACUUUUUGCGCCUACCUGAUAUAUCUGCCCAGAAGGCUGCCUAUCUCCGACUUCUACGAGGGUAUGUAGGAGAUAGAGAUACGAGUAGAGCCGAGGCUUUCAUGCAGAAGCUCUAUGAUUUGGGGCUAGUUGUAAACCCUCUCCCUUAUAAUGAGAUGAUGAAGCUGUAUGUAGCCACAAAUGAGUGCAAUAAAAUCCCCCUUGUUAUCCAGCAAAUGAGACGAAACAAAAUCCCUCUUGAUGUUCUUUCCUACAACCUUUGGAUGAAUGCUUGCAGUGACGGUGAAGGACAUGGGGCUGCUGCUGCCGAGAUGGUUUUUGGAGAGAUGAAAAACGACCAAAAUGUUGAAGUGGGAUGGAGCAGUCUUGCUACUCUAGCCAAUGUUUACUUGAAAGCAGGGCAGUCCGAGAAAGCUAUUCUGGUUCUUAAAAAUGCAGAAAAGAAACUGUCAACCUGUAAUCGUCUUGGUUACUCUUUCCUUAUGACGCUUUAUGCAUCUUUGAAGGAAAAGGAGGGAGUCUUGCGGCUAUGGAAAGCAAGCAAGUUAGUCGGCGGUAGAAUCACACGUGUCAACUACAUGUGUGUACUGUCAUGCUUGGUUAAGCUUGGGGACAUCAAAGAAGCUGAGCAAAUCUUCAUGGAAUGGGAGUCUAAUUGUCAGAACUAUGAUAUCAGGGUUUCUAAUGUUCUUUUGGGUGCAUACAUGAGGAAUGGAAUGCUAGAAAAAGCCGAAUCACUACAUCGUCAUGUAUUGGAGAGGGGAGGUCGUCCAAAUUAUAAGACGUGGGAAAUUCUCGUAGAAGGAUAUGUCAAGAAGCAGGAAAUGGACAAGGCCGUUAUUACCAUGAGGAGAGCUCUUGGUAUGUUAAAAGACUGCAACUGGAGACCACCACACGAACUUCUGUUGGCCAUUGCGGAGUAUUUUGAGAAACGUGGAAAUUUUGAAGAUGCAAAUGAGUAUAUUGCAGAUAUCCACAAUGCUGGUCUUGCAAGUUUGCCACUGUACAAGCAUUGUCUUCGCAUGCGCCUUUUUGCUGACAAACCACCCAUUCAUGUCCUUCAAAUGAUAGAAAAGGAUAAAGUUGGGACUGAUAAUGGAACCUUAGCCAUUGUCAAAGCAUUCAAUGAGUAGUUGAUAUGAUCGUUAUGGCCUUAUGGAGUUACUCCUCAUUACUUGCUGAUAUACAUGCAGGUUUUGCAUUUUUCUUUUCUUUUUUUCUUGAGAUUGAUUCGUGGAUUUUUUUUGGCAAAUGCAUGACAGAUUUUUAAAUUUUCAA